CAACUCUAAUAAUUUCACUUCAUAUUAAUUGCCAAACAUAUGUAUCCAAAGUAGCAUCAGCGUGAUACAUAAAGACAGUAAGCUCAUCCUAGCCACUGUUGGACUACUGAAGUGCUCCACAACGCGCUUUAGCAACUGUCUACUGCAAGAUAUCGAUCACCAAGUAGACGUUUGAGUAAUUCACGAAGGAAGUAAGAAAGAUUACAAAUUUCUUAAAAAAAAGGAAAAUACUGCGACUUCCAAAAUGUCAGAGCGAGCAAAUAACUUUCCUCCCCUGCCAAAAAUCUUAAGAAUAAAGCCAUGCUUUUACCAGAACAUAGAAGAAGAAAUUCCUGGACCCCACCAGCAGUUGGUGCGCAGGGUUUACAUGCUUUGGAUGAUGUAUUCAGGCACCCUGUGUGUAAAUGUGGUCUCAUGCAUUGCUUGGUGGGCUGGAGGUGGAAAUGUUUCAAACUUCGGCUUCUCACUGCUCUGGCUCAUCCUCUUCAGCCCCUGUAGUUACGCGUGCUGGUUCAGACCGCUCUACAAAGCUUUAAGGGCUGAUAGCUCCUUCAACUUUAUGGCCUUCUUCUUCAUCUUUUUCCUCCAGUGUGUCUUGUCCCUCAUUCAGACUUUAGGCAUCUCUGGUUGGGGAACUUGCGGCUGGAUUGCCACAGUGAUGUUUUUCAGCCAAAAUGUGGGUUCAGCUAUAGUGAUGCUUAUCACAACUCUGCUCUUCUCUGUGGUGACUGCUUUAAUGGCACUGGUUCUCAUUAAGGUGCAUAGACUGUACAGAGGCGGCGGCGGUAGUCUGGAGCGGGCUCAGGAAGAGUGGAGCACUGGAAUGUGGAAGAAUGCACCGGUGAGGGAAGCAGGGUUCAACGCUGUCGCUCAGACAGCCCAGGGCCCGAGUUUGCCCCAAUAUCCUGCUGCCGUGCCGAGUUACCCUGACAACAGUCACUGGUGAUGGCUACAAGUCACCCCUAGAUGGAGACAGAUGACUGAUCAUUUAUAUGCUGCAGAAGAAAGCACUUCAAAACACCACUGCAUUUCAUCCUUUAUUUGAAAAUUAUAUGGGUGUGUUGUUGUUUUUUUUUUUCUAUAAUUUUCUAUUGCCAACAACGCUAAUGAAAACCAAUUGGGAGGUUAUUUUCAAAAUGCACCAUUCCAUAUCAACUUUGUUUACAUAUAGUUAAUAAAAAAUGAAUGAAAAAUAUAGUUUUAAUGCUCAAAGAAGAGAUUUGGUUGGAAAGUUGUCGUGUGUUGCAGAUAUUUAACUGGAAAUCCAGAAGAAAGUAUGAGAAGCUCAAUAAAUAACAAUGUGAGAAGAAUGAGUGCCUUAAUGGUGGAAAGAUUUUGAGAAAUGCUAGAGCUGCGUGCUAGGUAUGGUAGUAUAAUGAAGAACAAGUGUUUUUUUUUUUUUGUUUUGUUUGUUUUUUUUUUUCUUAUACAACAAGAAAGUCUAUAAACUGCACGAUUUAUAUUUGGUGAAAGUCUUGUGUACUCCAGCUGGACUUCAGUUUAUAUUUUUAUACGUUCUACUUGAUGCUUUCAUGCUUGCUUGCUAUUUCUUGCAUUGCGCCUUAAUGCGUGCAGUUUGCAUGUAAAAAAAAAAAAUGUCUUGCUUGACUUGCGCCUUAACAAAAGCUGUUUUUUUUUCUUUUGUAAAACUGGAUUUUUGCUUCAGUGAAGCAACUCUCUUGUGUAAUUACUCACUGAACACUAGCGUGCCAAAACACUUGCUUCUUUCCAUUAUUUUGAUAUUGAAGAAAGACACACCCAAAGUAGAUAUUGUGUUGGACUGUGCCUCAGUAUUUCUCAGUAUCUGUUGUUUUAAACUAAACUGUUUGGUUUUUGUGGUCAGAGCUUGCAGUGAAAGCCUUAUGAGCUGUUAAUCUUUCAGUUACUUUAAUUUUUUCCACAGAUAACUUGAAAUUUGUGCUUAAUGAUUACAGUGUGCUUGCAUGCAUCCUGCUGUGAGAUGUAGACUAAUCAAGCUUUUAAAUGAACUGACCUCUUGUAACUACCAGUGACAGGCACAAACUAGGUGAGUGAAAUCCUGCACGUAUAAAUUGUUUGAAUGCAGUCUAAUGUUGGACAUGACUCAUCCUCUGUCAAUCCAGCAAGCAUCUGCUUCAUGUUGAUAAUGUUACGCCAAGUUUAAGCCUGUCAUGGCCUGUAUGAAGUGAAAAUCUUCACUAAGGUAAAGGUGCCUGUCUCACACAUUUCUCUUCUUGUUACAAAAGUGUCCUUUAUGGCCAACUGCCAAAUUGAAUAUUUUAUUAUUUUUUAUUUGGUGAAAUGGAAAUGUUUAGUCAUCUCUGAAUAUUUCAAUAAAUAUUCAUAUCUACUCUCA